AAUAAGCCAUAGUGCAUGUCACCUAAAAUAAAGCGACACAGUAGUUUUGAAGGCCACCCUGGUUGCCGUACAACAUGGCGGCGCGCGGCAGCGUCACGCGUCCCCUCAGUACGGCAGGCGCCACUUCUCGCGCAUGUAGGAGUUCGCGCGCAUGCUCCGGCCUUUCCGGCUCCGGUCCCGCAGCAGGCUGCAGAGAUGCUGAUGCCCAAGAAGAACCGCGUCGCCAUCUACGAGCUCCUGUUCAAGGAGGGAGUGAUGGUGGCCAAGAAGGACGUGCACUUGGCCAAGCACCCCGAGCUGGCGGACAAGAACGUGCCCAACCUGCACGUCAUGAAGGCCAUGCAGUCCCUCAAGUCCCGCGGCUACGUCAAAGAGCAGUUCGCCUGGCGCCACUUCUACUGGUACCUCACCAACGAGGGCAUCCAGUACCUGAGGGACUUCCUGCACCUGCCUCCCGAGAUCGUGCCCGCCACCCUGCGGCGACAGACCCGCCCGGAGACCGCCAGGCCCCGGCCCAAAGCACUCGAUGGGGAGAGGCCAGCACGGCUUGCCCGGGGGGAGGCUGACCGGGACACAUACAGGCGCUCAGCGGCACCGCCCGGUGCCGAUAAGAAGGCCGAAGCCGGCGCUGGAGCCUCGGCAGACUUCCAGUUUAGAGGUGGAUUUGGCCGUGGACGAGGACAGCAGCCUCAGUAACUUCCCACUGUUUCUACACAAUAAAGCGUUAUGUCUCUCA